CUCUAUACUCGUGUGCCAUUCGGGUUUUUGUUUCAGAUCCGAGAUUGGAGCUGCUCACUGGCCCGGCAACAAUCGCUGGAGCUUUCGGCACUGGAAACCUGACCACCACUUGUUGGACUCGGAACAUUCUCAUCUGGCAUCUGGGUGCGGCCUAUGUGCUCGAUUACGCUGAUUGCCAAAUAUAGUUGGGCUUGGAUUUCAGUGGCUCCCACUUCUAACCUUCUUAGUAAACAGAUCAAAUUAGUGGCUCGCUCCGCUGGCCCCUUUGAUCUUGUUCUGGCGAAACGCUCGGCUGCAUUCGGAGGAGAAGAUCGCUUCCAAGUACUCGUAUCUGCAAUCCAAACUGGCCAAGUGCGUCCGCCAGAUAGAGAUAUGGAAAUCAGCUCCCGUCUGCCCGUCGACUUGGACACGUGUUGUCCGUCGGAUGGGUUCAACCAAGUUCACUCCAACUCCAACUGCGACUCCGAGUCCAUCAAUCGAUGGGCUUGCAGCGGGCACUUGCAUAGUUGGAGUGACUAUUUAGUGCCCCGACUAGCCCUAUUCCUCGACUAGUUAAAUGCAACUUUAGUUUUUGCGGGCAGCGGCAUCGUCUGCGCACGAACGACGACGCAUUUUUGUGCUUGUCAUGCCGGUAAUGACUGCAGUAACAGCAACAGCAAUAACAACAAAUACCCAGCUAUACUAUACUAUAUAGUAUAUGCCAGAACAAACGGCGAGCGGCAACAAAAACACUGCGACAUGCUACCGCUUUGGAGUUCGGAGCUGUGGAGCUGCG